GAAACUCUGUUUACUUAGCUAUUUUUAUGUGUAUUUUUUAGCGGUUUGAACUUGCGUUUGUUCUCGAGCGAUUGUUUCUAUCAUUUUGGUCAUUUCCACUGAUAGAUUCUCUUUAUAUCUUCAUUUAUUUUGUGUAUCUGGUGAUCCUUUUAGGUGAUUGUUAGGUAUAUAUUAGGAUCUCUGAUCUUUAUUUGUUAUCUACGUUUUGGUAUUCGUUUCCUUUUGAUCGGUUUAUGGUACAAGUUAACAUUCCGUUGACAAUGGCAUGAGAUAAACUAUGCUUUCUUAGUAUAUGUGAUUUGCUGGUGGUCUGUGAUGUUAUUUCUUUCUUUCUUAAGUACUUCUAUCUAAUUGUUAUUGGUUUCUGACAUCAUUGUUUGUUUGAUUAAAGGCAAUGUUCUACUUGAGUGGAUUGGCCUCUUAGUUUCGAUUGUUGAUGUCGUAGUUCCUUUUAUUUCCUUUAAUUUUUUGACUUUUUAUACCUUGCAGCACUGAUGGCCACCGUCCCUGGCUCACUCAUUUGGGAGAUUGUGAAGAAGAACAAUGCGUUCCUUGUGAAGCAAUUCGGUAACGAUACUGCCAUGGUGCAGUUUAGCAAGGAGCCAAACAAUCUCUAUAAUGUCAAUUCCUACAAGCACUCCGGGUUGGCAAACAAGAAGACAGUGACCAUUCAGGCUGGAGGGAAGGACCUGUCCAUAGCAAUUGCGACGACUAAGACAAAGAAGCAGAACAAGCCUGGUAGCUUAUAUCACAGAUCAGUCAUGAAGAAGGAGUUCUGUAAGAUGGCAAAAGUUGUUAUGAACCAGGUCACUGACAACCACUACAGGCCAGAUCUGACCAACUCAGCUCUAGCACGGCUGAGUGCGGUACAUCGAAGCCUUAAGGUUGCCAAGUCUGGCGCAAAGAAGAGGAACAGACAGGCUCUUAAAGUGAGAAACUAGAUCAAUGCUUGUGUCCGUGGAUUGUCUUAUUUAGCUGUCCUUUAUUUGGUCUUUGGUUCACUAAGUUUUAGUGGAAGAAUUGCUGUCACCCGGAAUUUUGUUAACUCGUUUUCUAUUGUUGAUUUCAUUACAAGAGUUUUAAUAAUCUAGUUUUAUUUGA